AUGGCCGGAGCCAAGCGUGAUUUCGUCUGUCUCUGGAAGCAUUGCGGAAAGUCCUUCCAUCGCAACUCCGACCUCCGCAGACACUACCGCAUCCACACAAACGAGAGGCCAUACCGCUGCGGCGUGAAAGGCUGCAACAAGGGCUUCAUCCAGCGAAGUGCCUUGACCGUCCACUCGCGAACACACACCGGUGAAAAGCCGUUUAUGUGCAACUUCGAAGGAUGCCACAGUGCCUUUUCUGAUUCGUCAAGUCUAGCCCGCCACCGCGGUAUCCACACUAACAGACGAGCAUAUGUAUGUCCUGAACCAACAUGCAAGCGAAGCUUCCGCCGCAAGGCAACCCUCACAAACCACCAGCACAGCUCGCACGCACUGGACCUAGCCAUCCAGACACUAUCCAAGGCCUACUCCGUGUCCGAGAGCGAGCCCGAGUACGACAAGGCCGUCAUCCCCACCAGCCCUCUUACCCCUCUGGCCCCACAGCACGAUCCGUACCCGUUUCCUCAGGGGAACUGGUACUGGUCCUACCCCAUCGCCAGCCCUACCCAGGAGGUCCGCUACAGCCUACCGGCAUUUCCCACUCCAGUUCCGAAUGUCCAGGAGCACUCGCCGAUGCGCAAUGGGACUUACUCGAGACCGCCCCAGGCCAUGUCGCCGGAGUUACUGUACGGACAGGACUACUUGCAAUUCAUGCAGCAGCAGCAGCAAUACAUCCAGAAACCCCUAUACAACCAUGGCCAAAACUGCAUGAACCCAAACCCGAACCCGAACACGAACAUGAACCCGGGAUGGCAGUGCUCUGAUGCAAAACGACCUACUCACCCAGGCGAUGGCAUGGGAUGCUGCAUUCUCUACUAG